UCGGCAGGGGCGACGAUAAGUUUCACAGUGCAAGUAGCAACCAGAAGUAGCAGCCUGACAGCCCCCUAUCCACGACAUGAGCUCGGAUCGGGAGCUCCAGGACUCGCUGUGGGCGGCGGCGUCGCAGCUGAGUCCAAGGCGACAGCAAGAUGACGGCACCGCCACCAUGUCGCUGCCGUUUUACGAAAACAUUGCGCCUGGCGAAGCGUUGAAGCGGCUGUUUGCAUGGUUCCACCCCAAGCCCCUAGCGACAGCUCGUGAGAAAGACGGCAUGAGCAUCGACGAGUUCAACCAGCUUCGACGGUGCGUGGGGCAUCCCGUGGUGUCUGCCGCCGAGUGGACAGCUGCGAUGCAAGAACUGCAUCACGGUGACUCCAGCGACGUGUGGGUGCGCGAGUCUGAAUUCAACGAACUAUUUGGGCUCGCCCCAUAUUUCGGCAUUCACGAUAGCGCGCAUACCCCUGUGCACUUGUCGAUCAUGCGCCAAGUCGCCGCCAUGGAAGAGUUUGUGCACUUUAUGCUCAUGCUGUUUGAAAAGUUCGCCGUAUCUUCGCGGUUGACGUUUGCUUCCUUGCAAGCCAUGCAGCGCAAGGCGUGUAUCAAGGCCAAGAUGGACGAGCGCAGUUGGGAGCGGUUGUGUCACCAGCUCCAAGCCGUGCGGUCGGAGCUGCAGUGGCACCAGUUUGGCCAAGCGUGGCAUGUCAACUUGAACACAAAUGGAGCCACCGCGGGGCACUUUCUCUUUGGACAAAACGGCAAGCCGAUGGCCCCGUCGGACGUCGUGCAGACGAUUCUAGCCGAAGAGAAGCUCGCGACGCAUUUCUCCAAGGACAACUUGAUCUCCCGCAAAGCCCUUCAUGGACUCCUCAAGGUCGGGUCCUCGCAGCAACGCAACCUUGCGGACAAGGAAUGGUGUGCCAUUUUGGAAGAAAACCAAACGGCGUACCCAGGCGACACGACCAGCCAAUCGACGCGGGUCACGGAGGCUGCGCACGGCGCGCCGCACGAUAUCAUUGUCCACAACGCCAACAACAUGAUGAUGUACGAGAUCUCGUUUGACGAGCCCGGGGCGUUGGGUGUGCAAGUGCAAAGUGACUUUUUCGGACAAUGCAUGUCGGUGCACUCGAUCGACGGCCAAGCAAAGAAGCACCAGACGAUUCAAAAGGAUGACAUCGUCGCGUGCAUAGACGGCCAGCUCAUCCUGUUCGACCCCCUCGAUUCCGUGGACGGCGAGCGGGCGAGGCAAGACAAAGUGCAAUCUCAGCUCGACACACAUGGUGCAACGGUGCGCAAAGUGGUGUUUGUGCGGCAAGAAGUGUACUACCACAUCCAAGACACAGACUUGAAGCUGUCCUUCCGCGUGUACGAACCGAUUGGACGGGGGGGGUCGUUCUCCGUCCAACUGCCCCCCGGUGUGACCGCACCCACCAACGCGAUUACCAUAACAUUUGAGCCGACUUUGCAAGAUUUGUUGCGUCCGCAGUGUGUGUAUGACGCGGCGUCAUCGACGGUGACGGUGACCUUGACCGGCUCCAAGGGCAUCAAGCAAGACGCGUUCGUGACGUUGUAUAUCCAUGGCAUUGCCACGCAUUUGCUCGCCGGGCCGGGGGUGGUCUUGCACACCGGCGACGACGGCACGACCAUCACUCUGUUCAACGAUUGGUCGACGUGGCGCUCGCUCGUGCAAGAGAAUUUCAUCGCGGCCAAGGCAGGCCGGCCCACGACCAAGUUUGCCGACCCAUCCCUUCGCCCGAAAACCAUCGAGGUGGUCCGGGGCGACGCAGGGGUGACGUUUGCCGCCGAUUUUUUCGGCCAAUGUGCGGUCGUGGCCGAGCUGGACCCGCUGAAAGCUGUCGACGGACUUGUCGCCAAGGACGACGUGUUGAGCGCGAUCGUGUUUCAAAACAACAUGGGCGUGCCGGAGCGCAUCAACACCAUCAAACCGUUCGCGCUGUCUGGGUCAUCAGACAACACCCACUUCAAUACUGUCAUGGCAGCGCUGUCGGCCCGCGUCAAGUCGGAGGAACCGUACACGCUGCAUUUUCUACGACUCCACUCGCACUACAUGCAAAUGGGCGACCGCACAACGCUGACGUUCCACGCGCUCACGGAUCUCGGACCCAACAGCACCAUCGUCGUGGAAAUGCCCACGGCCGACUGGAAAGCCAAGGACGUCGAGGCGAUCGACGUCGAGUUCCUCAAACCGGCGACAGUCCGGGCGUCGAAAACGUACUGGAACGCCGCGUCGCAUGUGUUUGAAAUCACGUUGAGCAGCUCGUGCGAGUUCAUCGGGGAAAACUCACAGGUGAUUCUGUCGUUGACCGGGAUUCAAGGCGUGGCGGACAAGAGCGCGGGGCCGUCUGAGGUGACGGUCGCCGAGUCGGGGCGAAUGCGGCUGGAGUUGCACGACCACUGGCACUCGUUUCUGGGGGGAUCGGGGGGCGUCGCCCCCGAGAACCUCGUGGACGUGCUCACGCGGCUCAAGACGUCGCCGCUGGACUUGUGGACGAUCCUGGAGUACGCUCACCUGUUGUUUCGCAUGUUUCAAGACGAAUCCACACAACUUCUACCGUACGAGAACGCGAUGCUGUUCCGCGAGGCUGUGACGGGGGAAGGGGGCGCGAUGGAUGUGGACAAGUGGACCAAGUUUUGCAGGGGAAUCGACGCCAAGCCCCGCGUGGGGCUCACGGAGAAGCAGUUUACUUGCAGUGUGCUGGAACUGCUCAACUUGGACCGACGAUUUCUCUCGGCCAAGUUUGAAGGCCACGACUUGAAGCGAUUGUACGUGCACUUGCACUCGGUGGACAAGCUGUUUGACGAAGCGCUCGACUUGUUCGAAGACGGCCACAACCACACGACAGUUCACAUUGACAGCCUGCGCGGCCUCCACAAGGCGUGCUUUCCGUCGCUCACGUGGUCCGCGUUUCUCGAGCAGAUGCAAAAGACCGACGUGACCAAGUACGAGUGGACCCAGAACGAUUUUUACCGCAUAUUUGCGCUCGCCAACAAAAAAGUCAACCCCGUCGACGCGUGGGUCAAACUGCACUACUCCAAGUUGCUCUUUGACGAGUUUGCUAGAGUCAAGGUUAUGCGGAAACAAGAGCUGCGCGACCUCCUCAGCGCCCGCAAGUCGUCGUUCGAGCUCGACGACGACGUAUGGGCCAAGUUGUGCGCGACCAUCGAAGGCGACCACGGAACCGCCUCGUCCGGCAUCACCUGCGGUGGGUUUGUCCAGUUGUAUCCGUCGGCAGCGUUUGGCAAUCGCGACUCGAUCCUCGACUGGAACUACAUUCAAGCGUACAAGAUGGAACCUGAACCUCGUCACAGUCGAGCAGCGGCCCUCGCGGCGGAGAUCCAAGCUGCCCCCGAGCGAAUUAGCGUGAAUGACAUUGCCGCGAAUGUCCUAGACACGGUCGCGAGCACGGACGACUUUGCAGAGGAAGCCGUGAACGCUGGCAUUGCAUUCAGUCGGACGGAGGAAGUGGUUGAGCGUGUGAUCGAGCUCAAAGCCCCGGCGUGGACCACGUCGUUUGAGUCCAACUUGGCGACGCGCGAGAAGGGCAUGUUGCACUUGAGUGUCAAGUGCGCCAGCGAACUACGCGACACUGCCGACUCGGACGCGUCGUCAACCGCGUUGGAGCAGUACUAUGUGGUUGUGUACACGAUCACGGGCACGGACUGGAACGACGAGUUCAAGAAACCCAAGCGCAAGCCGUGGAGGAAGAAAGCGCGCGAAGUGCUCUUUGGCCAGCGCCAAGCGUCAUACAAAUGCGCGCCCCAUGAAGUCUGGGACGAAGGCCAGUCCCAAGAACUCGUGGCAUCCUACGAAUCGAUGGAGCAUCAGUUUGAGCAAUACCCCCGUGACAACCAAGACGACUACCAAGCGUCUCGCAAUCAAAUGAUCGACAUGUACCAUACAAUGAACCCGUACGCUACAACGCCCGUGGACUUGCGAAGUCACCGAAUGAUCUCGCGCUUGGUUAAUAAGGAUCCAUUGACCGAAGGAGUGGUCAAAUUUUCCACCGAUCGAUUCCGGCUGUAUGUGGAUGGCACGCGGACGACCGACCGGCAGACGCAUGUCGUCAUCAAGUUGUUCAAGCGCACGGAAAAGGCGCGCAAGUUCAAUCCGCAAAAGUACGAGCGGCUGCUGCAGGCCACGAUCGAGCUUGGGCGUGCAGAGAAGUCCGAGCGCGUGAUUCGCGGCUUGCUGGACAAGCAAAAGCAAUUGCUCGUCGAGUCGUUGCACUUGUACGACGUGACGGCAGAAUUGGAGCAACAAAUGACCAAGUUCAAGCGCAAGGAGCACGAAGCCGACGCGUUGGCGCACGUGAUUGUCGACCUGCGUGGCGAAGUGACGUUGCUCGAGAACGAGCAGGCGGCGUGGCGCCAGAACCAGAAACGCGCCAAGUUCAAAGUCAAAUGCGUCGGCCAAACCGCGCUACCGAUCCAGGACUUUCAGGACGUGUUGCACGACGACUCGCUCGAAACGGACGACUUGGCCAUGAUCUUUGACGACGACCAGAAAGUUGCCGGGAAACUGCUGCUGCAAGUCCAGUACAAGUGCGACACGAUCAGCAAAAUGGCCGACGCCCAACCGCUCGUAGCCAUCGACCCCGACAAGCUCGAGUACCCCGCCGACGCCCCGCUGACGGUGACGUGGACCACGAGCGACGAAUUCCGAGUUCAGCAAGGCGACUCGAUCUCACUCGUGCGCGAAAACGAUGAUAAAAAGGUCAUGUUGAACACGUCGUUCUUCACGUUGUUCUGGAAUCCGACCACUGGAAAUUGGGACAUUUUCGAUUCGAGCGUGGGGUUGUACUCGAACGGCGAGACGAAGGCGGAUAUUUUGCACCGGACAAUCAGUCCAGGGGGGAGCUCGGCGGCCGGAUGGUUCCUCCUCCCGUCAGCAAGAGACUUGUCGCUUCCACCAGGCACGUACCGGCUGAGUUUGAUCCGCAAAGAAACCAUCGAGGGGGUCAACUAUCGGUCGUCCGUCGGGGUCAGCGCCGGACUGAACGUGUAUGUGGGCAUCAACAGCAUCCACACUGUGUUCGGCACGACGCCGUUGGUGGACGUCAAAACGGUCAAGUGCUCGCUGUCUAUCGUGGACACGACCACCAGCCAAGUGAUUCAAGUCAGCACCAUGCCCGUGGCAUCGUCGCCAUGGUGGUUCCGUGCGUGUGGGUACGACGCCGAGCUGGACAAUUCGAUCGCGAUGUUGCAAGCCGAAUGCACGCGACUCGACGGCCAGCUCGCAGUGCGGGACCUCCGUGCCGCCAAGCGCAAGCGCUUGGAAGAUCAGCUGGCGUUGUUCCAAAUGAAGGUUCGAGGCAUGGAAGAAGCCAAACUGAACGGCGUCGCUGGGAUCAAAACCCAGCAGGCCAAGACCAAGGCGGAGCUGGACGCGCUGUUGGUCGAAUGGGAGACACUCAAGGGGCAGUUGGCGACAACUACUGACAAAGUGCCGUUGGAGCAACAUAUCCUCCAGAUCGAAGCGAGAUGCCAAGAGCUGGAAGACCAAGUCAAGGGGUGGGCGCUUAUUCGGCUCGAAUACGAAAAACGUCACAGCGUGCCCAAUAUGCUCGGGGCGUCGUCGAAUACCGCGCCGCCAAACUUUUCCUACGCCAGCAACAUGCGCGUGGACUUUUUGCUCGAAGGCGCGGGCGGGGUGUCUCCCCAGUUGAACCCCCACUUGAACGACUUGACCCACGACAGCGUGCUUAUCUUGCCGCAAGUGAUCGUGGAAACGUCCGACAGACUACGCGUCAAGAUUCUGGGCAAACUCCAGACAAGCGACGCCGAGCGCACCAACCGCAUUCGAAAGCAGAUCCAAUGGGAGCUCCAGAUCAUGCUGACCGUGGUGCAAUUUGCCAACGCCAGUUUGUUACAAAAAGCGCGCACGUACAAGUCGCUGUGGACCGCAUGGAAGAAACUACGCAACGUCCGGUGGUUGUACGUGUUUGAAGAGUGUCUGCCCCUCUUUCACAAAGGAUCGCCUAAAUUGAAGGCGCACUUUCCAGCCAUCAUUGCCGAGCUCAUCGAAGAGCUGCAAUGUCGUACGACCGAGCUCGAAUUAGAAAACCAAGGGCAGGUCAAGAACAACUUGUUUCGUCGACAAGUUCCGAUCAAAGAAUCGGGGUUUGCCCAAGGCGACCUGUGUGGGGUCGCGGGCAGCGUUCAUGGUCCCGUGGUCAAGUUUGUGGGGGCCGACGUGUCGGAUGGAGAUAUGUAUAUUUGCAAGUACAUGCGUCGGGGGCACAACAGGGGGUCGCUGGGGGAGCUAGGGCGCGUGGGACCGUUUGCAAUUCAAUCGACCGAGCCAAAGUCGUCGUGGUUCACGCUCUCAAUCCACCAGAAACUGGCGCUCGUCGAGUCGGGAUUUCACUUUUUCGUGCUCGCGCUCAAGUACUUUGUAGCGUUGCUCAACUUGUCGUUCAACGUCUCGUUCGUGUCCAACUUGGCGCUCAAGGUGACGUGGCCACACUUGAACUUCGAUACCGUGCGCAACCUCCAGCAGGAAUGCUUGAAAGCGCUGCGGGACGUCGUACCGGUGAUCAAGGAGAUAUUUGCCUGGUUCGACGAGUUCUUUGCCAGCUUGCUCGAGUACGUCAUGGUGGACCUCAAUAUCUUCAAGUUCUUUGCCAACUGCACCCACGGCGCGGGCAUGGUCGUGAACUGGAUCGCGCUGUGGGCCACGGCUUUGUUUUUGUACAUUGUCAUUCAAGAGGACAUUCUCGCCAAGGUGCAAAAGAUCGGGUCGUACUUGCCGUUUGAGCUCGGAAAGACGGGCGAAGACCGGUUCGAACAGCUUGGGUCUAUUCUUGUGAGCCCCGUGCUGAUUGUGAUCAAAGUGCUUAUCUUGUUCAUCGCCCAGCAGUGGACAGCGUUUUCAAACGAACUGCAGAACGGCCGAUCGUUCACGCAGCCGGAAGCCAGCCAGCAGUGCGCGGUGGCCGGCCUUGACUACGCGCUCCAGGUGAUCGGGGCGUCGCUCCUGAUCACGUUUUUCUACUUCUUCUUUCCGCUGCUGGUGCUCGACAUGUUCAGCUGGGUGCCACCCUUCGACCUCAAGAGCGACGACGAGCGCAUCGAAGCGAGCCAUCACGGCCGCAAACAGGGCAUCCACGACUCGGUGGACAACAACGUCAACCUGAUCGACUACGGGGACAACGCCAAGGACCCCAAGUGGUCGCGGUGGUGCUCGUUCCGCAACUUGUUUUGGUUUCACGGGUCUGGCCAGCGCAUAUUUAUGGACUACAAGUACUCGAACUUUCACAAACUCACGAAAACGUACGGCUACGUGGGCAUUUGGUUUGUCAUUUUGUACGUGUACACGGUCUUGCUGCUCCAGAGCAUCGUGCGAGCCCUGGGCGCGGUGUUUGGGUGGCGGGGGAAGCGCGGAUACAUGUACCCCCGCGCACACUUGCGAGGGGCGUCGUCGUGGACCGACAAGUUUUGCUGCCGCUUCAACUCCGAGUGGAAACGGUACUGGCUGUUCAAGAAAGUCAUCAAACCGCUCUUGGAUGUGUUCGCCGUGACGUUUGGGCUAUGGAACCACGACCGCUGGGACGUUUACGACAUUGAAGAGCGCGGCAAGAACUGCUUUCCCAUGGAGCCCAACAACGAAGUCAAGCAGUUGCAAAUGAUGGCGUUGCAUGGCAAGGUCAACAGUUUGCUGUGGCUGCCGUUUUCGUCGGCGGGCGUCCUCACGUUCAUCUCGGACUGCAUGAACCGAGGGCCGAUUCUGAGUUACUUUCUCAAUGACCAGUUUUUGCAAGCAGACAAGCCCGAAAGCGAGCGUGUGGGUAAAGUCAAGUUGCGCUUGAUGCGAUGGGGCAAGGCUCGCGACGACCACGACGAAACGGGGGUCGUGUACCUCUUGGACACGGAAUUCCUGGCGACGCUUACGAAAUGGCUCAGCUCGAUGGUGGAGCUGGCGUCCGUGCUCACUUUAGUGCUUAUGCCACUGAUAAACCAGAGUGCCGACGGCCUUGGCACGCCCGCAGCCGCGGCGCUCAUCGCUGCGUUCGUGGCGCCAGUGAUGGAAUUCAACCACCAACUGCUCAAGACGUACCGAAAGUUCCAAGAAUUCGCCAAAGUCGAGCAAGCGAACCUGCAAGAGUCGCUGCAAGGCGCGAUCAAUACAGCCCAAUCGGCGGCGAAAGCAGUGGCCUCCAACGACAUGGCCAAGGUGGUCAACUUGGAGCAGGGAGGAUUGAGCCAAAUUCAAAGUCAAUUGGGCUUGAACGACGACACCACAGGAGCUCUGGGGGACGCAGUAUCUGCUGUGAAUGAAAAAGCAACGAAAGCUGUGACGGACAAGGUCAAGGACGCGGAAAAAGCGGUGGCCGACAAAUUGGGCAUCGUGGGGGUCAAUGUCGAGUUUGCCCCGUUGGGGGAUAAUGUCGGCGGUGGUGACGAGGACGAAACGGAGUCGGAGGACGACGAGUGCGACGACGGGGACGACAGCGACGAUGACAACGAGAAGGACAAAAGCAAGGACACCAAGGGCGACUUGGUCGUGUUGUCUGCGCUGCCCGAAGUCAGCUACAUCAUCCAGUCGGACCAACUGGACGUGGGCGAGGGCGAAGUCACGGUGAGCUGGCGGGUGAAUUCCAAACGCCGGUUCCACGCGUCGGACGCCAUCGGCAUGUUUCCGGCGCGGUCGCUCGACAACAUUCUCACGCGGAGGACGAUGGACCAGUGCGUGUGCUAUCGCCUCGUGUCCGACUCGGACGCCGAGCCGUUGGGGUGGAAGCCGGACGCGGCCAACGAGAACCACCAGGACAAAGUCAUGAUCAAGCGCGCCGUGGCACUCGAGAAGAUUCUGCACAGAAAAAUAGGGUCGCUGCACCGGACGUCGGAGCGGCUGGCCAAAGAAAGCAACGACAAGAACGAAGCCACGUCCAACCAGGACCGACCCGAGGCAGGGAUGGCCGACGGCGACGGUGGCGACGGCAAGCAGUUGGUGGACUUUACGCACGCCGAAAGUAUGUUUGAGCACGUUCUCGCCCACUCGCCGCCGUCGCCCAAGAAAAUGCAUGACAUUCUGCUUGAAGAAAUCGAAGAGCACAAGGACGAGUUUGAUGGACAUGCGAUUGAAGAUGCCAUGGACAACAACCACGACGACGACAGCGCGUCGGCUGCUAAGUCGUCCAAGACUGUGAACGGCCACGUCAAGUUCCGUCCGUGCAACUGGAACGAAGCCGAAGACCACCCCCGACAUGAGGACUUCGUGUUUGGCAAUGCCGCUGGCAUCUACCCGUGCAAGUACGGGAUGGAAAAGUACGAGUUUCUGUACUUGCGGUACGUCGGCAAUAAGCUCAACGACGAGCGCGACCAUUCGUCCCGCGCGUCGUACGCUGUGGUGGACAACCAAGAGGCGACGCCGCUGCUAAACGAUGCCGAGCGCCGUCCGUCCGGCGGGCAUGUUGCCAUGGCCACCGCGCCGGAGGACUUUGACCCGCUCAACAAGUUCAGCUCCAACGCCGUGGGAGUCGGCACGUUUGACUUGUUCAUUCGACUCAGCUCCGACUCGCCGCUCAUGUGGGCCAACCAGGCCGUGAACGUGUCGUGGAACAUCUAUGGCGUCUCGUACGAGAUUCUCGCGCACCCGAAGAACAAAAACUGCAUUGCGUUUUACAAAGUCCGGGACAUCCACAACACCCGCAACUGCACAAAGCUGGACAUCGUCCCGCCGUCGGCCUUCUUUGCCAACCACGGGUCUGGCCCAGUCACGGGGCGUAUGAUGGUCACGACGCCGUCCGAGCCAGGGAUGUACGAGAUCCGGUUCCUGUUCAACUACUUUCACGCGGCGAAAUUGCAUCGACGAUGCCAAGUGUUUGGCUUGUUGGAGGAAAACAUGCAAAGUGAACGUAUCUCCAACUUGUUUGUCAAGCGCGACAUGGCGCAGUCCCUCGGGCUGCUGCACCACCAAGAGCAACCUGUGUGGAACACGGCAUUGCUACAGGCGUAUGCGUGGUAUUUGCCGAUUCUAGACAGUUUGCUGGUCGUAGCGAGUGCCACAGCGCCCGACGUGCUCGAACACCCAGCCAAGUUUGCCAAGUCUAUGAUGGACGAGUUCGGCUCAAGUUGCGAACGGCUCGUGUGUCUUCCAACGCUCAAACUGCAGGCGUGCCUAGAACGCAUGCUGCAGCCGCUGUGGACGACUGGGUUUCUCACGUUCCUGCAUGGGACGUUCAGCCAGUCCCAAGACAUGGUCGCGCACGCCAAGUCGUUCACGUUCGUGUCGCCCACCGAUCCGUACAAGGACACGUUUGUGAGCCACCAGCUCGACAUGCUUCGGGCUGCCGCCGCGUUGCAUAAACAUGGCGACGACGAACCCAACGUGGCGCUUACGAUGAUCCGACUGCUGCACGACGACGCCGACCUCGUUCGUUUCGGUCCGUCCGCGUUCGAGCAAAUGGCACUCGACUACCUCGACGCCCGGUCGUACCUGCCUGGCCACUUGGAUUUGCUCGACGACCUCAUCUUGGCCCACUCGCCGCUGCUUCACACCACCAGUCUUAUUCUCGACAACGUGGCCAUCACGUGCUGUGCCCUGUACGAGCCCGCGGUGAACAACGCCGUGCAGGGCUUCUUCCGCCACGCCAAGGAAGACAAGAAGAUGGGCUUGUUCCAGGACAUGGACGUCCAUUUAAAGGACGGGUGCCGCAGCCACCUCGCCAAGUUGAUCCGCGCGGCAUUUGAGACCGACAUCCGGACCGGCGAAAAGUACGGCGGGUGGCGCCUCGACGAUGACGUGGCGCACUGUACGAUGAGCGGCGCGUCUGUGCUCAUGCAUCGCGCAUUGCGGUCGUGGAUCAAGCCCCGCCUGGUCAAGUACAUCAUGAAGACGCUGGCCCGGCGCCACGCGUCGCUCACGAGCUCCAACGUGGCCGUAGCCAAGCAAAUGGCGCGCAAAGUAUGCCGUCGGGUGCCCGAAUUCCGCCGGUCGGCCGCCGAAUCGGCCAACCGCCAGCCCAAGUCGGGUCAAAGCGUCGUUUACUUUUUACACCAGUCGCAAUUCUAGCGUCCGGACAAACAUCUGUAGUCGCGACCUCUCUUUGUUGCAUGUGCAUGGAAACUAAUUGUACUAAGUGUUGUUAGUUACUUGGUAUUUUCGUUAACAGUGGGGGCUUUGAUUAUAUGCUCAGGGGGUGCGUCCCACGUCGUUUGUUUGCGGACGUGAUCGAUGUAAUACCGGCGGCCUUUUGAGUCUACGGCUGUGUCCCAACCCAGUGGAAGGGUCCUUUGGACUGGCUCGUCGGCAGGCGGG